AUGAAGCAAACCGAUUCAAUUCCAGAUUCUAUCGAGGAAAUCCUCAACGACGUUGAGGAGGGGUUAUUUCCGUCGGUCGGUACUCUAUCCCAUCGUUUCUGUAAUCUGCCAAACAUUGGUCUAAGUCCAGUGCAUUAUUCAACUCAAGAUCCAUCUAUGUUGGGUUGGACUGGUAGUAGAGGGACAAAGAUGUCUAGGCCCACGACCGAGAAUCAGAAGAUACAAAGCGUGUUACCCAAUUUAAACCCUUAUCAACGUUUCUAUGGGUUUCCUUCAUCAAAAACGUCUCAAGUCCUUCAACGGGAUCAAGGGGUACGCUCGCAUAACAGGACAAAAUGGAAAGAGAGACGAGAUGCAAAAAGGAAUUACGUGGGGUUUACACGGAGAUCACUUCUAGAGCCAUGUGUGAACUUCACCAUUUGUGAUGAGAAACAUUUAGACAUGGUUUGGCUCAAAACAUUGGGUGAGAUCGUUCACAACAGGGACAAACCAGGAAUGAGUGUUGUAUAUCACGGAGCUUCAGUGCAUCAGCGUCUGUUAGUUUCAAGCCAACCCGAAGUUGCAAGGAGGUACGAACCUGGACAUCAGGCUGGGUUUUGCACUGAAGGGAAUCAGAGGCUGUUAGUUUUUGAGUAUAUGUGCAAUGGCUCACUAGACAUUCAUUUACAAGUGAACAAGGGAACAAACUUAGACUGGUCAUCACAUUUGAUAAAAGAAAUUGUAACAAUAGGAUUAUGGUACUUUCAUGAAGAUUGCAGGGUGGGGUGGAUAGUUCACAUAGACAUGCAGCAGCCUAAAAACAUUCCCUUAACCCAAGUUAUGAACCUUUGGGUGCUUACAUUGGGCUCUUCAGCCUGCUCACUGAACAAGAUACAUACAAUGGAAUUGCUGGAGCUAAUCACAUGUAUAAGAAUCAUAGAACUACAAGGUUACAAGGCACAUGAAUUUUGGCAUGAUAUUUGUGCAUCACAAGAAAUGGAUUUGGUACAUCUUUUAGCUGAUAAGUAUAAAUUGCUUAAAAAGGAAAUGAGAUCUUUCUUUGAACAAGUUUUGCUAUCAGAACCGAAAUUGAGUGCUUCGGAUUGGAGGAUUCCCAUCAUUUUUCUUGUUUCCUGUUCUAUCAUUGCUCGUUGGGAACAAGUUGAUUGGUGGUUAUCUUGGUGGAAAGGGCGACUGGCUGAAGAUGUUACAGGGGAGGAAGCAUGGGCAAUUCAGAUCCAAUUUCUUGAAACAAGUCUUGAGGACAAGACUUUUUGGAAGGCGGGAGUAAUGAUAUGA